GGGUUAGUGUGCAGGUACGCGGUAAAUGCUGUGUCGAGUUACGUUAGGUGGAUGAAAGGUAGUUGGAAGGGUAAAGGGAUAAUGUGUAGAGGAGGAAAGUAUAUAUAAGGUGGUCGAGUCCGUGAAGAGCAGGAUAGAUAGAAGCAGUGUAUUAGUUACAAUGUCUUUGAGUGGCGGUACGAAAGCAACUGUUCUUGAAACGAGUUUUGGCACUUUUGCUGGGAGUGACCAAGACGGUGCGAGAACGUUUCUGGGUAUCAAGUAUGCCCAGGUGAAGAACUGGCUCGCUGCGCCCGAACUCAUCACUUCGUAUGGCAACAAGGUCGUCGAUGCUACACAAUACGGACCGCGCGCUCCAGCACCAGACCUUUGCACGUUCGAGCAAUCUACCCUGAUCCAAUGCACCAUCGGCGCCGCACCCGAGACUCUCAUGUCCCAUUCGGAGUGUCUCAAUCUAAACAUCACCGUCCCAUCUCUACACACCGGGGCCGCCGCCGUCUUACCAGUCAUGGUAUUCAUUCACGGCGGCGGCUUGAUCAUGGGCGCAAACUCUUGGCCACAAUGGGAUCCUGCACGUCUUAUCAAGAUGAGCGCUGAUAUUGGUAUGCCGAUGAUUGUCGUCAGUGUGAAUUACCGACUAGGUGCACCAGGAAAUUUGACGAGUGACGAGUUGAGAAGCGCUGGGUAUCUGGGAAACAACAGUCUGAGGGAUCAGAGGUGUGCUCUGGAGUGGGUACAGAAGUUCAUCGGUGGCUUUGGAGGUGAUGAGGAGAAUGUUACUGUGUUUGGGGCGAGUGCUGGUGCUGCCUCCGUAUUGCAUCAUCUGGGUUGUAAAGAACCGUUGUUCAGACGCGCGAUCAGCAUGUCCGGGACACCCAUUAUGCUCAAGCCACUGUCGCCCGCUGUGGCAGAAACAUCUUACAACGCCGUUCUGCAAGCCCUGGGACUCGAAUACGCUUCCACGCAUGAUCGUAUCCAGAAAUUACUUGCCAUGAGUCCCGAAGAUCUCGUCCAGAAAAUACCAAUCACAAUUCCGAUCUCUCCAUACCUGGAUGGCGACAUUAUCCCCGAAGCACCCUCAUUCGCGUACUUAUCAAGUGGUACGCUCCAGAGCUUAAAUAACACUUGGUGCGAGGAGUUGUUAGUCGGCUCUUGCGCACAUGACGGAAACGUCUUCUAUUUUAUGGGUCUGAGUUCGCGUCUCCCUGGGAUCGCAUCCACAAUCCAUACAUCCUUCUCCCGCAACCUCUCGGCAUCGGUCGCUGGAGCCAUAUUGUCUGCAUACGACAUCACACCUUCAACUCCAGAUGAAGAGGCUAUGGCUUCCAUUAUCGAAUUGGGAACGGACAUCGCGUACGGGCUCCCUGCAUCGUACUACGCGCGCGCUUUCAGGGGGAGGGUUGCCUCGUAUCUCUUUACUGAGUCGAAUCCCUGGGAUGGUAUGUUUAAGGGGAAGAGUGUGCAUUUGCUUGAUGCGGUGUUCCUGUUUCAGAACUUCAAUAAACAUAUACCUGAUAAGGCAAAGAUGACGGCCAGGAAAAUCGCGGAGGACUUUGUGGCUUUUGCGUAUGGGAAAGCUGGUAGUUUGUGGGCGGACGGACGGACCAAGGUAUAUGGGCUCGAUUCUGGCAAGAUUGGCGGGUUGGAGACAUUGGUGCAACAAGCAAACGUCGAUCUGGAUGAGGUGAGUGCGGCAUGGGAUCUAUUCGUUGCGGGGAAGUAG